AUGUACAUUGCAGAGAUUUCUCCUCAGAUCCGAGGUCGAAUGGGCGCUUUGUGGCAGCUGAAUAUUUUCGUGGGUAUGAUGCUGGCAUUCUGGAUCAACUAUGGCUGCCUCGUAGGAUUAGAGACUGGAGACAUCCAAUGGCGCCUUCCUUUAGGGCUUCAAAUCGCGCCUGGACUCAUUUUGUUUAUUGGUGUGUUAUUUCUACCUGAAUCGAUUCGCUGGCUAGCACUGCAGGGCAAGUUUGAUGAAGCCAAAGUCAUCCUAUGCAAGCUGAGAAAUCUCCCAGAUAAUCACCCUGAUAUCCUGGAUGAAUUCAAUCAAAUUGCCAACUCUGCUACAAUGGAAAAGGAACAGGAUGGUACCAAAUGGAAAGAGCUUUGUGAACCACACAACCUUCGUCGACUUGCUUUGGGCUGCUUUAUGCAAAUAGCACAGCAAUGGACAGGCACAAAUGCCAUUAACUACUACGGUCCUCUUAUUUUCCAAACCAUUGGGCUCGCGAGCAACAUGUCUGUGUUGAUGACUGGCGUAUAUGGUUGCGUCAAGGUAUUCUUUGUGCUGAUCUCAUUCUUCUUUUUGGACAAGAAAGCUGUAGGCAGAAGACCUACUUUACUGCUGGGCUCACUGGCAAAUGUCAUCAUCUUUUUCGUGCUUGGCGGUAUGCUCUAUAGUAUUGAGAGUGCCCUAGCCAAAGGUAUACCAGCACCAGCAGCCCAGGGCUACGUGGCAAUGGUGAUGAUUUAUUUGUUUGCUGUGUCAUUUGAGUUUACCUGGGGACCAGUAACAUGGAUCGUCUGCUCAGAAAUCUUCCCAACUAGAAUUAGAGCUGUUUGUAUCUCUAUCACUACUUCCAUGAAUUGGGCAAUGAAUGCCAUCAUCGGCAAAAUCACACCGCUUAUGAUUGCAGACAUUUUGUAUGAGACCAAGGGUAGAUCGCUGGAGGAAAUGGAUCAAGUGAGUUUCGCUUUUAUUAUUGCGAUUGCUACAGCUAUCUAA